CCUCUUACUUUUAUAUAUACACACACCGGUGGUCUUUUUCCGCUUCUCUUUCUCUCCUUUUCCAUAUCCGUGUCUCUCUUCUCGUAGUUUCGUGCAACAUAGUCGGAGAGUCCUCUGCGUGUCACGUCGGGUUAAAAAGAGGGAGAUAGAAAGAGAGAGAGAGAGUGAAAGAGAGAGAGAGUGAGAGAGAGAGAGAGAACGCGUGAAACAUAUCGAAGGUACAGGUCGUGGCGUUCGUCGGAGAGACACGACCCGUUUCUCGGAUCGUCGCAGCUGGAAGACGAGUGUCGUCGAGAAGAAAGGGCAACGAUGAUCGCGAGUGUCCGGUGACAAAACGUGUUGCCAGUAUUCUACGGUCGUUUCUUCCGUUACGAUAGUAUUCGCUGGUGCGAAGUUUCGAAGGUUGCUCGACCAGCGUGCACCACCACAUCUUCUACUUUACAUCGUCGAGGAACUAGCGAGAGCAAGAAGAAGUGCAGAAUAAGUCAACAUGUGGAUCAAAUUCGCUCUUUUGAUAUCCUGUACCAUCGCAAAUACACUGGCAGACAAUGGACCUCGAAGUAAAGCAGUGUCCAUCGAAGGUAAUACGUCUUUUCUUAUUUUCUACCGCGUUCAGUUAUUCGAGCAACAUCUUUCACGUUGCUUUCUUUUCCUAACGUUGGUAGAAUUCGUAACGUCGCACAAAGUGCCGGAGAACAUCGCACGGCCGUCGGAUUACGACGAGGACGACGACGACGUGGUCGACGUGGAAAGAAAAACGAUCUCGAAGCACGGGAAACACGCGAAGAAGGUUAUACCAAAGUUCGAGAGUUUCGAUAAGAAGCCGGGCGAUCUGGAUCCAGUCAGACGUUUCGAUUUCGUCGACGAAGACAAAGCGACUAACGGUAACAACGCGAAACGGCAGGUUCGCGUCGAAUUGGAAAACUUCGGCGACACCGGAGUCCUCCAAGAAGAUGGUAUCCGGAGAUCGGAUACGCACAGAUCGCGGCUACAGAGUAACAAAGACUCGGUCAUUCCUGGAGUGCACGUCAGCGACGAGUAUCCGACUACCAUGAUGCCGGUUCUCACGACGCCACGCGAGGCGCGUGCUUUCGAUUUCGUCCCGGUGAACAUCAUCCGUGACGAUGGUAAAGAAACGUCGUUCCACGAACGCAACUUUGGCGACUUCAGCGACGUCAGUUUAGUGCCCGCUGGAACGAAUUCGCGUAUCCAGGUAAAGAAAGGACCGAACGGAAAGGACUACGAAUACGAGUACGUAUACUAUUACUAUGACGAGGAGGACGAGAACAAGGCGGGUACAGCGGACUCUGCUGUCACCAAUUCUUACGACGUUCCUUCUAGAACUACGUCCGCGCCUAGGCGCGGAGGAUCCUCCGCCAACAGGAGCAAGUACAGUAACGUGGAAAGGUCCAGCACGGUGGAACCUGCCAGCAACGAAGUGAUACCGAAUCGCAAUAACAACAGAGGCAGGCAAUUGGUCGACGCGGAAGACGUCUCCGAAGAAAGGUUACCAACGAACACUAGAUUUCCACCCAGAUCACGAUCGAAUCACAACACGGCGACCACGGAGCCUUCUAGAACCCGCGGGAAUCGUCCUAGACCUGGUCUAGACCUCGUUGACUCGAGCAGUUUUCGAACGCAUCAGGAGGGUCCGGAGUUUCCUCAGGUCCUGCCUAAGGGACCCGUCAGAUUUCUCGGUGUUACUCCGAACGAGGACAAUGGAGAAGAGAGAGCGACAGCUAGAGGACGCGGCAGACCACAAAGGGUCCAAGAACCUGCUCCUGUAGAAGAGCUGGUGGAGGACGUGCCCGCUCCCACGACUAGGAGGAGACCGAUCACCACACUGUCGCCUCAAACCGAAGGCGAAGCAGUCAGAGGAUCCUCGCGCGGUAGCGAAGAGAAAGAAGAGCAAACAGAGGAAACGUCGCCAACAGAGAAGAGCAGAGACAAACAACCAUCCUUGGAGAAGCAAGAAUACGAAGACUCGGAUUCCUCUUCAACGACCUCGGCAAGCACCGCUUCAACUGCCACGGAAGAUCCAACCACAGAGUAUCCGUCUUCGAUGGACAAAGUGGCGCUCGACUUGUACGCUUUCGUGCAACAGGGUCAAAAUAAUUUGGUGGACGCGUCUAGCAGCGAAGCUACCGAUUCCUCGUCGGACGAAUCGACGAUCUCUAACGAGGAAGCUACUACCGAUCUGGCAGCUGUGACGGAAAUGUCCGCCACCACGGUGACCCUGGAACCCACGACGAUCACCACUGCGGCGUCACCCACCGAACCGAUGACUACUACGGCUGCUACAACUACUACUGUUAGUACCACCACGACUACUACGACUACGACGACCGAACCUCCUACUACUACAACUACUCAGGCACCUGCUGGCAGGGGAAAGUUCAGGAGGCCAGGAAUAGGGGGAACUACAGGUUCCAGAAAUAGAUUCAAAUCCAACGGAGGCGGAAGUACGACAACCACCGAAGCUCCGGCGGAACCAACGCAGCGUACACGAAACCGCUUCGGAGGAAACGGUUCGAACGGCGGUGGUUUCAAGAGAAACCGUCCUGGACAAAAACAAGCGUCCGUGGAAGAGGACGCAGUGCAGAAAGAGAGUUCCAGCUCAGUGCACGCGGAACGUCCUUCCUCCAGUACUCGUAGCAGAUUUCGUGGCACUGGAUCCACGAGAUCCGUCUCGUCGACGACACCAGCCACGUCGAACGGUGGGUCGACCGCCGCCUCCAAUGGACCGUCAGGAAUAUCAAGGCCGUCUUUCAAUAAAUUAAACAUCAAUCGGCGACGUGGAAGACCGACCACGAAUGCUCCAAACGCUAGCGAAGAGAGCCAAGAGUCGAGUCGCUCGGAAACAGCGAAGGAAACCGCGCAGGAAUCUGUUACAACGGCGCCAAAGUCUACUGUUCGUGGGCGACUUCCGGCCACAGGAGUCAGACCAGUCAUUAAACCAGGGGCGAGGAUAAAUCUGAGAUCCAAACCGGGUCAUUCGACGACCACUACGACUACCACGCCGCUGCCUGCGGAUAAAGAGGAAGAAUCGUCUAUCGAUGAGCCAGCGGGAGAGGGAACCGAAGAGGAGACUCAUGAGGCACCGGCAGAGACCAGCCCGCCGCCAACGCGUUCCACCACUGUGAACCCCCUGAACAAACUGCGAAAUCGAAACAGACUACAAGUACAUCCAAAAACAACUACCAGAGCGCCAGUGUCGCUAGCAUCGAGAAGAUCGCCAUUGUUACCACGUCGCAAGGUAACCGAGGCACCAGUUGCCCAAUCUAGCCAGGAGGAAGCGUCCGAGGAAGCAGACAGUUCCAGCGAAACAGAGGCGACCGAAGCUACAUCGGCUGAAACGAGCACAGCAGCGAGCACAAAACACGAGGAAACCAGAGGACUCGGUGGACUUUUGGCGCCCAGGCGCAGGAUAACGCCGCGACGACCUGGACAAAUCAUCUCGCGGGAGUAACAGUGAAUAAUUAAACGAACGAUCCUAUCUAUCCAUCGAGCCGUUUCUAUUCCUCGUCGUAGUCGGAAUCGAGAAGGAUCAAAGUCACUUGAAAACGCGAUCAAUUACGAAUCUGAGGGGAGGCCGACAGAGAAGCUCUUAUCGCGAAAAUUAACGCGAGAAUUCGAGAAGAAAAGGCUUAAGAUAGUAAAGAUCGCAUCGUUCCUGAAUCUUCAGUAUUCGUGUCAUUUUUCAGCUCGAAUUUCGUAGGAGAAAAGGGAAAUUCUGUCGCGUUAGUUUAUCUCGAUCGAACGACAAUCUCGAAAAUUGCUGACGAGGCGAGGGACCAUCCCCUGGUUGUAAAUCGCAAAUUUUGAGGAAAAUUAUGUAUAAUGACGUAGUCGUGGAAAAAAAUAUUUGACAUGUUUUGUUUGUCAUGCGUAUAGAGCGAACGUAUGAAUUAGACGGUGGAUGUAAGUACGUACAUGAUGAAAACCGUUUCCGGUUUUCACUGAGAGAAUUUUCACUGAAUGUGCGCGCACGAAUAUCACGCGACCGCUAUUGAAGAUAAUAACGCGAUUUCUUAUCUUUAUUUAAUAAAUAAACGCGAUUCUCGUAGAAAGAUAUCGUCAGAUGCACUUUGCUAAAGCGAUACGUGGUCGCAUUCGACUCCACACUUUUAGAACGAUAUACAACUCGCGUCGUAUCGUAAGACAAUGUUUCUGUAAUUACAAUGUUCCAUGAUACGCUGUAAAUAUGAUAUUGCAAUUAAAGAUAUGUAA